AUCACGUGACAAUAACAUCAAUCCAGUCAGCCAAAAUGGCGACAUUGCAGUUAGGCUUUGUUUGUUGUAUAUCCCUGUUGUUUUUUACGUGUUGUUCGGCUGACAGUAUAUUUAGCAGAGUUCUCGACGAUAUUUCAUCAUGUACAAAGUCUUGUGCAAAUACAUACAGUCCUCAUACGUUUGAAAAGAGUUAUUUAAUGGAUCCCUGUAAAAGAGGAUGUCGUUUCUAUUCCAUCAUGGAGUUUGUUUACUGUAACCACAACAGUCAGAAUCUCACAAAGCAGGGAUGUGUAGCAUCCUGUGAAGAGGCCUAUAAUAAAAGUGAGGAGCUGGAUGCUUGUUCACUUGGAUGUAAGAGCCAGGUGCCCCAUGUUCUAGAAAGUCAGGGCCAGGAUGACCUGAUGGAUGUGAUGUACCCCCUGAUGUACGUACACAGUAUUUACUCCAGCAUGUUAGACAAGAUGUACUCGGGUAUGUCAGCUAGCUGGUCUUUUUAUGCCAAUAAACAGAGGGUCAUUAUUGUCAAGUCACAGCCCCAGUUCUUUGCUCAGAUUGACAACACAGACACAGAUGAUGAGUACAACACAGCUAACUACUUUGAGACUAAUCUGGAUUCUGUAGAUGGGUCAGCCACUCCAGUCCUGAAGAACUCCCAGAUUUUGGGCUUUGGCGACUCUGUGGAAUUAUCCCAGUCUCAGGGGGAGAAGAAAUCCACGGACUGGCUGUCCUGCGUGUCUAAGAGGACCGGAAUGCCGCGCCUGAUUCUGAGUCUGAUUCUGUUGUCCUGUGCAGUGAUGAUGAUCUGGCUCUGUCUGACAGCAGCAGUUACUUCCCCUGAACACAGAGUCAAGCAAAACUACAAGAAGCUAAGUAUAAAUGGUGAUUUAGAAUAUUUGAGGGAACAAGAAGCAAUGGGAGUGAGGCUGCUGUUUCCUCAGGAGAAACUGGAGACAGAUCAGCUUCCUAUCAAAAUCAAAGUCCAGAGACUGUAGAUACGACAGAGAAUUCACAUCCAAGGUUCAGGCACCAAGUGUCCAUAUUCAGACAUUGUGUUUAUUUUUGAAAAUUAAUAUGCUCUCAGCUUGACUAAACUUUUAGACCAUAUAUGAACCUGUGAUACUGUAUUCAUAAAUUGAAAAUCUAUGAAAUCCAGAAAAAAAACUAUAAAAUUCAUGCUGGUGAAAUUAUCAUUUUACAAAAUUUAAACAGUAAUGUUAACAAGUUAUAAUGAAGUGCUAGAACAUGUUGCUUUCUUUUUGUUGUAAUUGUGUAUCAGAGUUUUUUACUUCUCUCACAGUAGCAUUGUGCAAUUGUGGUUUUGUUUACACAGUAUAAUUAUUUACAGAAAGAAAGUAGAUCUUCUGUGUUUUCUGUACUUCUCCACUGAGGGUAAAUGUGUACAAAAGUAUCAACUCAUUGAGUCAGUUAGUGACAUACUAAAGGCAAGUCCGUAAGCAAGGGCAUCUAUGUGUAGUACAAUAGCUGUGUUAAUGUGUAAUUUAUAAGAAUGUUUAAUUGAUUUUUUACUAAUCUUCCAUUGUACAUUCCCAGAUUUUUUUUCUCCUCUAGAUUACAUUAACUAUAAGGAAGACACAAAGGUGUUUGGUUUUUGUUCAUUCACUGUGGAUUUAUGUUACUCUUAUUAGUCUUUGAGCACGAGUUCUUCAGUGAUAAAAACGUUAUAAGUGUUUAAUUUGUAUCACAGCUAAGAAAUGGAUUUGACACAAACAAGAUAUUUAAAUGCCAAAAUUUAUUUUGUAUUCUCAAAGAAAUAACAUCUUAUCGACAGAAGCUUGCAUAUUUUUCAUCAUAGAUCAUUGAUAGACAGUUAUAUACUGUAGUUCCAUAUAUCAGCAUAUACAUUGAUGUAAAUAUUGUCGACAGUAUCUGACCCCGUAUUAAACUGAAAAUUGGCUUUCUAUAUAUACAUAUUGAUUGGCUUUAAAUUUCUGUUAAAGAAUCCCUAUCCCUUAUUUGAUUUUGCAAUGCCUUUGAUGAACUCGUAUAAAGCAUUUUUGCUAAAUGUAUGAAAGUUUCAUGCACUUAUGUGUAUGAGAUAAUUAAUACCGGGUCAGAUAUAUUGAAUUAUCAACAAUACAUGGUGUUUACGGAGAAACACUCACAAGUUCUACCAUGUGUGGGAAAAAACGGGCUAAUUCAAAAUAUAUGUGUAACGCUGGGAGAUCGACACUUGUAAAUUAUGUACAGCUUUGUUAUACAAUAAUUGUACUUGUGUGCUUCAUUAGCUUGCUGGCAAACUUCCCUAUAUUUUAAAGAAGUUUUAAGGGUAAUCAAGUAAAUAAAGAAAGGCAACUUUAAUUCACAUUUUACAUGUACAUCCUAAGUUAUCAAAGGCUGUUUAAAUACUGUGUACAUAUUUAUAAGAAUUUUCAUGGAAUUAAAAUUUGGUGUUUUUAUGUCAAAGAAUUAUUUUGGGGGGAAUUAAUUUUGUGGUUUUCAGACUGCCCUUAAGAAAGGAUUAAUGCAGUUUUGUACAAUUCCUUCAUAAGAAUGUCUUCAUCGUAUGAAAAUUUUAUCCAGAAAAAAUACGUAUGAAAUAGUAUUCCUCACAAAUAUUUUAUUCUGUCACAGCAUUGUACAAAUAACGAAACCUCAAUUAUUACUCCUAAUGUCUGGUAUCCACAAACCUCACGAUCUGCUCUUUUGUUGAGUGGGAAGUUUGCUAUAUAAUUUAAUUUUAUCCUAUUAUAAUCCUUUGAUUUCUGAAUGAUCAGAUGCUUACAGUGAUAAUGCAUGCUAUGUGUGAAGAUUGUGAUGAAUGGUUAAUAAAUCAGAAGACGUACACCAGACAUGGACUCUACAACAUUUUUAAUGUCUCUUUUUCUCAAAGUGUAGUGUAGUGGCAGAAGGUGGAUUGUUUUUUGUUUUUCUUUUAUUAAUAACUGUGAUUUUUGUUCUCAAUAAUUUAGAAUGUAAAUUAGAUACUAUAAUACUUACUAGCUGAUCUGAAAUUUAAGUAGCUUUAAAUGAGGGUAUGUUUAAAAAUACUGUUUAUGUAAUAAAUACAUCCUAUUAGAGGACCUGUGUAUGAUUCUUCAUGGUAUGUCACAAGUAAAAAUAAAUUCUCCUUCCUGUGUGAUACAGAUG